AUGUCGCAGCUUGCGCUCCAGACUCGGAGUGCCCAGGGCUCUACUUCAGAUUCUGGUCCUGGUGUUGCUGAUGCUGGUUCGACGGCUACUUCUGCACCCGUGACUGACGCUGGCAAUGCCUCCGCUGCUGGGGCUGUUGUGGUUCACGCUGGUCAUACUGGUCAGACUGCUCGCCUCCCUCCUCACCAAAAACACCCUCUACACCGGCUUCAGGUUGCAGAUGUCUCCCCCAACUACUUCUCCUCCCAGUCCUCCCAGGAUAGCCCCACGACAGGCCUCCUAAUCCCGGCUUCCGAUCCUGCAAGCAUUACAAGCACCACAGGCACUACAAGCAUCAGUACCGCUGCUCCUGCUGCCAGUCACUCCUACAGCGGUGCCACUGCUGUGACCAGCCCUCUUCUGACUCCAUCUCCAAGCAGACCGAGAAUCUCGCCGCUCCCUACGAAUGAUAACCGCAGCGCCUCCGAACCCUUCUUGAUUCAGAGGCCUUCUCCCGGCCUGCCUCGAUCUCCAAUGUCUACCUCCGGGGGCUCGGCCGCCGCCUCGCGGAGCCACCCGGGAAAGGGUGCGCCGCGAAACUCUUCGAUGGACUCGGCCAUCUCAGCUAUUUCAACAAAAUCUCACUCUCAAAGAGGCGCCCAGCUCAGCCAGUCCGACCCUACAGAUAUCGCAGGGUUGAUCAAGACGGCAGGUAGUCCAGAGGCGGUCAUUCAAUACUUAUUGAAAGAGAAGCAUUCUCAGUCCCAACAAAACGCCCAACUAUGGCGCCUCGUCGACAAGCAGAGAGCCAUGAUUCUAGGCCUCAACAAAGAUUUGGAACGGGCGUUGAAAGACAAGGAAAAAUAUCGGAAGAAGCUGAAAGAGGUCAUCUCUGUUCCCGAGACAACAGGUGCCGACGGGUCAAGAACUGUAAGCAAGGUGAUGAAGAUGCCCGUGAGCAGGGGGAUUCCAUCAGUGGACGUUAGUGCCCCGAAAGAGCGACAGGUCGUGGCACCGGAUUCUCCGACCCUGGACUCCGACAGCCAGAAGCACUCCCCAGUGGAUCUUGCUAUGGCGCCCUACCCGAUCACUCCUCCGGCUGACCAGCCAAACGGGCCUCCGUCAGCCGUCGGCGAGCUGUUGGAUCCUUCGCACGAAAUGCCCAGGGCACAUGAACACGCGUAUGACCAGUACAACCACGACGCGGAGGAGCAAGCCGCGGAAGCUGCUAGGAAAGCGGAGGAGGCGGAACAGUUGAUGGACCUCCCGCUCAACGUAUCCCUUCCGCCAUCUCGAAGUCUACCGAGCCAGCCGCCAAGCAUUCCUCCCCCGAAGCCACCCAUGGCACCUCACAUGUCCGCAGACUCGGCCGCCGACGCCGGACUGUCACAAUUCCCAGCGCCACCUCCACGUAAACCUCCACCAGCCCCGUUGCAACUACAGAACAAGAGUCAAGUCGGUGCUGAAGAAGACGACAGCGAUACCGAUUUUGAUGACAUCUUGGAGGUUGACGAAAUCGUCACCGAGCCACGCGGUCGACGUAGGACGCGGGAGGAGGACGACCGCGACAGGGAAGUCUUGGUCCAACAAGAGAUUGAGAGGAGAAGCUUGUCGAAGAAGAGCAAGUCUAGCCAGACGGGAACACCAACUGAAGUCCCUGCCGCACCAACGGAUCUGCCGCCAAGCCCACCCAAGCGAAUGCACCGAGAGAAUGCCCCUGCCUCUCUAGCGGGCGUUCUUAGCCCUCCAACUCUCGAGGCUCCGCUGCUGAGCCCCGGCCUGCCAUCAAGCCCGCGGCCAUUCGGUGCUGCCCCAGCCACAGACAGCCCUGCUCACUCGCCCAGGGGUGCUGGAGCUUUUCCUUCGGCGCCUCUUUCACCGCGGCCUCCUCGUCAGCCUAUUCCACUUCCUCCUGGCCACUCUCUUCAGACGCCACAGGCAGCUGAGCCAAUGGUUUUGACAAGCCCCCAGCCGCUCAACAUCGUUAAGAAAGGUGGCGACUCACCCAGUGCCAGCGAGAAGAGUCGCAUGAGCCCUACAGAGCGCGGUGAUCGCAGUCGCAUUUUCAAGGGAUUUGUCACUGAGGAGUAUCCCGAUCUGCUGCUCUCGCCAAACGUUCUACCAACGAUCAUUGUCAAGGUGGCGUCUUCGCGUAUGAAACCUUCGAGAGCAAGUUUGAUCUCUCUCACCCAACUUGAAGAGGACCCUGUCUUCACCCUUGCUAUCUACUCUCGAUCUGACCCUGGAGAGCUGUGGCGGGUGGAGAAAGACUCGGCUUCGCUUGCAAAGCUUGAUCAAAGACUGAAGCAGUGCGCCUCUUUCACUGCAAAGACGCCUGAAAGGUCCCUGUUCAGCGGCCACGCACCGGCCAAGCUGGACGCUCGACGCAUAGCCCUGGACCACUAUCUGGAAGAGCUUCUGGAAUGCCCUCUCGAUACUGCAAGUGCCGUAGAGCUUUGCAGAUACCUUUCGACCAACACUCUCCCUCCCAAUGCUGACGAUGCUGGUUCAAUGGAGACCUUGGUAGAGACGAAGGCCAAAUCCGGACCGGGUGGACGUCCCUUCAGAACUGGUUAUCUUACUAAGCGAGGGAAGAACUUUGGAGGCUGGAAGGCGCGCUUUUUCGUCCUCGAUGGGCCUCAUCUGAAGUACUACGAGACACCGGGCGGUGCUCAUCUCGGCACCAUUAAGUUGCCCAGUGCCCAAAUCGGAAAGCAGUCUCAGAGCAACGACAAUCAGUCACCGCAGCUGUCAGCAAAUUCGGAAGAGGCUGACAACCAGUAUCGCCAUGCGUUCCUCAUCUUGGAGCCCAAGAAGAAGGAUUCCAGCAGCCACGUGAAGCACGUGCUCUGCGCCGAGAACGAUAAGGAAAGAGACCAGUGGGUCGAUGCAUUGCUCCGAUGGAUUGACUACAAGGAUCCCGAAGAGGAAGAACAUCAGGCAGCGAAGCAGGCAGCACACGAGCGUCAAGCGGCUGCCGCUGCUGAGCGCGCUGAUAAGAAGAAGCAGCGGUACAAGAAGACAGUUUCGCAACACCAGCCAACCGAGUCGGAAAGCCUCAUUGGCGUUCGCUACGAUGCCACGUCACAAGGCGACCUGCCUCAGCAUGUUGCUCCAGCACACGGCGCUCCGGUGCGCAGAGGUCCUGGGCCUAUGCCAGACAGCUACCAUCAUCCCGAGGCGAUGGGCAUGUCUUCGCAGCCAUCAAUGAUGAUUUCGGGCCCGAGAGACAUGCAACCCAUUGCUGAUUCAGCUCAAUGGGGCAACAACAAGCCGGGCUUGGGUGUUCCAGCCAACGAGGAAAAGAAGAUGAAAAAGCGUAGCUUUUUCGGAUUUGGGCCUAAGACAAGAUCAUCCUCCGACGGUCAGGACUCGUUGUUUGGUGGAAACGACGGCGGCUCAUCUACACCUCCUCAGGGCGGUUACGCUGGUCCCAUCCGUCAGGCGUUUGGAGCUCCACUGGCUGAGGCGGUCCGGUACAACCAUCCUGUCGAUGUCAACGUGCCACUUCCCGCCGUCGUUUACAGAUGCAUUCAAUACCUGGACGCCAAGAACGCUAUCCUCGAGGAAGGCAUCUUCCGCCUGAGCGGUUCCAACGUCGUCAUCAAGCAGCUUCGGGAGCGUUUCAACACGGAAGGUGACGUGAACUUGGUCACUGACGAGACGUACUACGACAUCCACGCUGUUGCUUCCCUGCUGAAGCUGUACUUGCGCGAACUUCCCACAACCAUACUCACUCGCGAUCUCCAUCUCGAGUUCUUGGCAGUUACCGAAAUGUCCGGCUUGAAAGAGAAGAUUUACGCCCUGUCUGAGCUGGUACAGAGGCUACCCCAAGCCAACGCUACCUUGCUGAAGUAUCUCAUUGCGUUCUUGAUCAAGAUCAUCAACAACGCCGACAUGAACAAGAUGACAGUCCGCAACGUGGGUAUUGUCUUCUCGCCAACCUUAAACAUACCGGCGCCUGUGUUUGCAAUGCUCCUGCAGAACUACUCGGGCAUUUUCGGAUUCGAGCCUGAAGAGUAUGAGCUGCCGUCGUCUUUCGAUGGUGACUCUGGCCGCGAGAGAUCAGGCUCUUUGCCGAGCAUGGUGGGCGGUCUUCCAAACCGACCCUCAUUUGACCCGCAGCAAGCUCGUCCUUCUACCUCAGCAGGAUCAAGUCAGUCGCCGCACCGGCAAAGACUCAUGGAAGCCAUGACGGGUCAGCAGCGAACCGGCGGGACCCCGCCACCUCUUUUGCAAGAUCUGCACAGCGCUCGAUCAUCGCCAACUCCCCCACCGAAUUAUCCCGGUAACCGUGGUACUGCUUACGAACCUCAGUACAUGCCACAGGGAUACGAGACCAACGGCUACCACGGCGUUGCCCGUGGCUACGACAACGGCUCUGGCGGUUAUGACCAGCCGCACAAGCGAAGAGAGAGUGCCAUUUUCAUGGGCAAUAUGAUGGGCUUGAACCCUCAGAGCUCAAAAAGCCGACUCCGCGAGGAGACCCGAUUCUAG